UAAAGACAGGUCUCACCGAAGUGGCUCCAAGCAGGCAUCGACGGCGACGGCUGGCUCCCAUCCCGGAGCUCCGCUGGAGGAGGACGCUGACCAACAAAACUCAAGCUUGCUCGGUCUUGUAAUAGAAUCAAUGACAGAGAUCUUUAGUGACACCGUAUUCAAACAGUUAACACAAAUGUUCCUGGCGAUUAUCUUCUUCCACAUAUCAGAAUACAUUCUCGCCUUAGCCAUCAACGGAGCAUCCAAAGUUACUCUAAGCUCACUUUUGAUCACCAAACACUAUGCUUUAGCAAUGCUAGUCUCAAGACUCAGGGGUCUCAAAAGACAGAGGGGAAGUCUCUUCUACAAGUCUCUUCUACACUUGUGA